GCAGUAUGGGAAUGUGCAGGAUUUGUUUUCUAAUUUUUACAUGGGCCAACCCAUUCCACCCGCGUUUGCACAAGCCCAACCUUAUACCCACCCAAUCUGGCAACAGUUUCCUAAUCAGCAAGGGUUGUUUCCUACUUCGCCAGUUGCUGGAAAUGCUCCUAUGAACCCAAUUUUUACAGGGCAGCAAGCGGCUCUGGAUAUGUCUUCUCAUAAUUUAACUCCCGAGAUGCAAUUUUCUCAACAUAAAUAUCGGUCUUCCCCAUCAUUUGGAUUUAAGAAUCCUAAUCCGGGCAAGAGGGGCAUCAGCAUUGAUGGGGUUUGGUGA